UCGAUGAUCCACUUCUGGAUACGCCGCUAGUGCCCGAGAUCGCUCGUAUCUACAGGACAGAUCGUGCGCAGUAUAACAAGAAUGCAAAGGCAUGGACCAUAAAGUAUGCAAUGGGAGGUGAUGAAACCUUAUCUAGUCUAAAGCAAUCAGUGCCUGGAUAUUUGACAACGGAUGGUCUUCAAGAUGGGCUUGGUGUACCCUUUAUUCGUGUGGUUGUCAUCGGAGAAACCGGUGCGGGCAAGACAAGUCUGGUAUGCUCUCUCGGUCGCAAGAAGAUCCCAACAGGAAGGGCAGACAGUAGCACGAUUGGUACGGACAUCAACACGUUCAUCUUAGACAGUGACAACGCGGAGAUGUCACACAGCAUCAACGGAGAAGAGGCACUAACAAGGAGAAUUGCAACAACCCUUAAAGGCACCGUGACUUCACGUCAGAGAAGCAAAGUGGUGAUGGAGAAAGACAGCAGGCUAAUCUCUACCUGUAAUUCGUCUGCUGAUAGUGUUGCUGCUGCUGCUAGUGCGGAUGCCAGUCCUGCUGAUGUCGGUGCUGCUGCUGAUGCCAGCGAUAGUUCUGCUGCUGCUGCUGCUGCUGUAAAUGAGGCUGACUGUGUUGCUGCAGACACUUAUGAUGGUCUAUAUAUGUUCACAGAGAGUUCAUGCAUGGAGGAAGAGCAAUCUAUUCCAUCGCAUCUCUUUCCGACCAUUGCGGGCACGGUAAAUUCACACGAUUUCCUCGACUCCGUCAGUAGCAGCAUAGCACAACAAUCGUUUCAGAUCAUACGUGUUUGGGAUACAGCCGGCCAGGACGCGUAUCGAUUACUUCAAUACAUCUCUUUCGGAGCGGACCGUACGUCUUAUCUCGUCACGUUCAAUGCCAGCCGCCCUGUGGAGAUGGAAGUCCCAGAGGCUACGGUUCGUCAUCAUGGACAGCAUAGGCAUUGUGCUGCCGCCGUUCCUGGACAGUCAAGCCUGCUGUAUAUUCAUGAUUCCCUACAAGUGCUCAAUCAUCUGGUGCAGAGCUCCAAUAUGCGAGUGUUUAUCGUCGGCACUCACAUCGACUUGCGUAGCUCUUCUCGCCGUUCGCUGCAGAAGGAAAAUAACGUGAUCAUGGACAGCCUUCAUGGCAAACGGUAUCGGCACUUAGUCAGCGAAGACGAUAUCUUGUUCGUGAACAACACCUGCUCAGGAAAGUUUUGGCGCAGGGAGGAUCCGGGGAUCAAGUAUCUACGACGCAAGUUGGUUGAAGAGAGCCGCCACCAAGACAAGAUACCUGCCGCACGCCUUCUAGAGACAUUGGCACUCCAGCAGCUCUCAACAGACCCGGAGCUCACACGCCCCUGGGUAUCACGACGUGAGUUCUUCCGGCUGAUGUGGCUAGUCGGUAGCAUUGGCCGCCCUAGUGAGCUCAACUCAGUAUUAGAGUUUCACCACGGCCUUGGAACGACGUUGUUCUACCCGACAUCUGACGUAUUGCGUGACAUCGUCAUUGUCCAAGUACCGUGCGUUGUAAAGCUGGCAGCCUGUCUAAUCCAGCCGGGUCUUGAGCUCAAGGAUUUCACCGAAGAUCCACCCACCCGUGAAGAUCUGUACUUGUAUAAACACGGCUUCAUCACAGUUGCCAUGGCAAUGCGACUUUGGCGAGAAUAUAGUCCUCCUCGGCUGUAUGAGCUAAUGAAGAGUGAUGAGCAGCGCAAGGUUUUCCUUCAGCUGAUGGAGAAGCUGUGUGUGCUGUGUGACGUCGGCGAGAUCGACACGGUCACAAGCGGUAUCAAGGAGAUCUUUCUCAUGCCGGCAGUGGCGGAACUCACCUCUAUUCCUGUCUUGCACGAUGUGCUGGUCUCCGAGGCAAUUCUACUGGUGACGCAUAACGCUGAUCAUUUCCCACACGCCAUCUUUCUCCUGCUCGGUGUUCUCUGUAUCACACGGCACAACAAGCUCCUGAUCAACGCCGGUAUGAAAUGCAGCGCAUGGAGGAAGGUUGCUCUGUCCAAGCAUUGUAUGCGGCUACCCUGGUGCAUCGAGAGAGGCGAGUGGAUUCUCCUCACCUACAUGAAGUGUGGCAUCCGUAUUCAAAUGGAGUCUAUCGACCAGAGUCGAGUGUUCGGCCCUGGUGAAGGCACGGAAAUUCUGCGUCAGAUUCGGCAAUGGCUGUCUGAAGUGCAAGCUACAACCAAUCUCCGGCUGGACGUGAUGGAUGAACACCUGGUACUGCGCGCCUCCCUGAGUCAAGACGCUGUGUCUGCAGUUCAAACUGGAUUCCAGUCCAUCAGCUAUGUGCAUGACAUUCACCCGUGGCUCUGCAGUCUGGAAGCAGUUGAUUUAAGAGUUGCUGUUCAGCGAGAGGGUCUACUGACUCUUGACCAAGUACAUCGUCUGGAGGACGUCCGAAGCACACACGGCAAAGAGCGGCACAACAGAGAUGUGUUGUGCAUCGUGGAGCCGCAGGGCAUUGACGGUUUCAUCAAGCUCUACAACGGUCUAUCGAGAGAAUUCGCCAGCAUUGGUGAAGGUCUGCAGAUGAUGAAAGCUGUGGUUCCCGUCGAUCAACAUGCUCGUCUGGAAUCCUGAAUGAAACGUUCUAACGUUAGGAGGACGUCAAGACAGUAUAGUUGUGUAUAGGACUUGAGGAGAUAUCGACAAGUCUACUCUAGCACUGCUACAUGUACCUGUAAGUCAACGCUAGGUUGUGUCAUAUGUUUGAUGCGAUCACGUGUAUUCCAUUGAGAUAUUUGUAAGAUGAUCAGCCAACCUGUGAACAUGUAUCUAUACUUUGUCUAUACUUUGUCUAUAGUGAUUCUCUAGUCGUCAGCAACGAUAUGGGUAUUGUGGCGUAACGAGCGCGUAUAUAUUUUUAUUUAUUUAAUUAAUUUACGAUUCCCGAGUUGUUUCCUAUGUUGAUAAAUACACAUCAUACGAUACCAUGCAUAGGUAUAGCUGCAAUGGAGUCCUCAACUUCAUUCUGCCGACUCCCAAGUUGCUUUGUUUAUGCCUGAGAACAGAGAUUCGACUUAGAAGAAGGACACAAUUCAGGUUCGAGUAUUAUUCUGGUAUCUGACACAGUAUUUGUUUUGUCUCUUAGGAAACUGUCGACAACCGUGGUGCUCACAUUCCUGCCUUGAUCUUUUGAGAGAACCGUUUCCAAUUUGAACUUGAACACGAUUUAUUAUUAUUCAGUGACUAUUUUGGAAGAAGUAUUGGGGUAAUGUGACUCAGUCCUCAAUACAUUUUAGUUGCGUGCACUUUUACUUGGUCUGUAUUGUAUUAUAUUAUUUUACUUUGGCAUUCCCAACAGACCCUAAGGUCUUCUUACAGGGUGCCCAAUCUAAAAUUUCAAUCUUCAAUACCAGGUCAAUGUUGAAAUGAGCGUGAUUGGUUCUAUGUUA